AUGCAAGCAGCGGGGCCAGAGUUGAUCGCUGGAUACUUGCACAACCAGCCCCUCUCUGAUGCCGAGGGCCAGGCCCUGAUGCCCGCCCGCAGGCCUCCCAGAGCCGCGGCUCGAGGACCGUCCCCUCCGGCCACACAGCGCCUGGCCGCCGAUAGGGACGCGCCUCGAUCUGGCCUCUCCCGCCUCGCGGCUCUCGGACCAGUCCAGGAACCUCCCCCGCCUCACAGCCUCCCGCGGCUCCCGCAGUUCGCGCUCAGCUCCUGGGCCGCGCAGGCCGUUGGCUCCCCGGCCGGGCCGGGCCCCACCUUCCCGCAGCAGCACACACACCCGGCUUCCUCUCCCGCCCGGGGCGGCGCGGGCGGGCGCAAGAAGCACAUUCUUUGUCUGCAGCGCCUCGGCGGCUCCCCCGCCCGCCCGCCUGCCUGCCUGCCUGCCCGCCUGCCCGCCUGCCUGUUACGUGCCUCCCGCCCCGCCCGCCCCAAGUUCGCCCAGCCAAUGAAGCGCGGCGGCGGCGCGCAGGGCCCGGGGUGUUGUCCGAGCCUCGCCCGCCCGUUGGCUGAGCUCUGCGCCCCGCCCGAGCCCGGCCGGCAGGUCCGAGGGGCCGGACACGCCGACCGAGCCGUCUGGGUGGGGCUGGGGCUGGGGCCGGGGCCACUGGACGACGCCCUAGGGAGAUGGCGUAAAAGGCGCCGGGACGACCCCAGGCACCGAGUCACGCUUUGGCGCCCCGCCCCCUUCCUACGUGGUUCUGCUGGUGGUCAGACUCCACCCGGCUGGCAGAGUGGGCCUGACACGCCGCGCGAGCUAGGCCUUGGUCUCACGCCACCUGCCCCUGUUGUCUUUAAUAAAGCUCUCAGCUACCUGCCAGCUGUGGGCACCCUGGAGGAAGAGGAGAGCUCUCUGCUCUUCCUGUCCCCCUCGAGGGACCUCCACGAGUGUCCUGCCACCAGGCCGCCAGCUUCUCCUGGGCCCCAGACCCUUCUCUACCCACCCCCAAUGAGGUUGCCUGGCUCCUUGGGGUUUGAGCUCCUCAAGGCCUGGAGGCUCAGGGCAGAUGAAGGCUGCCUUUCUGCAGCUGGGGUGCCUCUUGAUUCAGAUUCCCCGGAGGAAGGACAGUACAUCACCUCUGAUUGGCUGGGUGUGGGCCAUGUGUUCAACCUCGCCUUCCGGGGAGGUGUGGCAGGUGUACUGGUGGGACACCCAUUUGACACAGUCAAGGUGCGGCUCCAGGUCCAGAGCAUGGAGAAGCCCCAGUACCGAGGGACCUUGCACUGCUUCCAGGCCAUCAUCAAGCAGGAAAGCGUGCUGGGCCUGUACCGCGGCCUGGGCUCGCCCCUCCUGGGGCUCACCUUCAUCAACGCGCUAGUGUUCGGCGUGCAGGGCAACACCCUCCGGGCCCUGGGCCGGGACUCGCCGCUGAACCAGUUCCUGGCGGGCGCGGCGGCGGGUGCCAUCCAGUGUGUCAUCUGCUGCCCCAUGGAGCUGGCCAAGACGCGGCUGCAGCUGCAGGAGGCGGGGCCGGCCCGCACCUACCGCGGGCCCCUGGACUGCCUGGCGCAGGUCUACCGGCGGGAGGGCCUGCGUGGCGUCAACCGGGGCAUGGUGUCCACGCUGCUGCGCGAGACCCCCAGCUUCGGCGUCUACUUCCUCACCUACGACACGCUGACACGCGCGCUGGGCUGCGAGCCGGGCGACCGCUUGCUGGUGCCCAAGCUGUUGCUGGCGGGCGGCACGUCGGGCAUCGCGUCCUGGCUCUCCACCUACCCCUUGGACGUGGUCAAGUCGCGGCUGCAGGCUGACGGGCUGAGGGGCGCCCCACGCUACCGGGGCAUCCUCGACUGCGUGCGCCAGAGCUACCACGCCGAGGGCUGGCGCGUCUUCACGCGCGGGCUGGCCUCCACGCUGCUGCGCGCCUUCCCCGUCAAUGCUGCCACCUUCGCCACCGUCACCGUGGUGCUCAGCUACGCGCGCGGCGAGGAGGCCCGGCCCGAGGGCGAUGUCGUGCCCGCCGCCCCGGCGGGGCCCGCCUUGGCCCAGCCCUCCAGCCUGUGA